AUGGUUGUGAGCGCCCGCGGCCGCUGGGUGAGCGGCAGCGGCGGCAGCAGCAGCGGCGGCAGCAGCAGCAAGGCAGCGGGCGCGCUGGCACCAUCCAGCUUCCUGGCGUCCAGCAUCCGGGCCACCGGCGGCAAGAAGGGCCCGGCACCAAUGGUCACCAGACCUGGCGGCGAGAUGGUCGCUGCCGCAGCAGGCAGCAAUGGCGCCACCAUCAGGCCGGCGCUGACCGCAAACGCGCUGGUGCAGCGAGACAUCAGCACGAUCGUCGUGCCAAUUGGCGGUGUGACAGAGGAGGGCGCCGCCUGCCCUGGCACCAGCCUGCCUAGGGCCAGCGUCAACCAGGCCAACCGCAACGGCACCACCGUGGGGUCGCUCUUCGGCCAGUGCUCCCACGGCAAGAGCCGCCUGACGGCGGCAAACAGCCUGGUGACAUCACUCGUCAAGCUGCCGUGCGAAGGCAACACAUGGGGCGUGCCCUGGUCCUUCUCCAAGUGCGACUUUGACGACUUCAACGGCUGGGCGGAUGCCGCCGACGAGGCGCUGCGGGCAAGGGGGGUCAUGCUUGAGCGAUACAAGUACAGGGUGUACCUGGUGCCCCCCAGCGCCUGCGGCUUUGUGGGCCUGGGCUACGUCGGCUGCGACGGCUCCUACACCUGUCGCGCCUGGAUCGGCAGCGCCUUCUGGGACUCGCCCCCCGCCAUCACACAUGAGCUGGGCCACAACCUGUUUCUGGGCCACUCCAGCACCGCCAACGAGCAAGGGCAGGUCGACGAGUAUGGCGACUUUACUAGCAUCAUGGGCUACUGCUGCGAAUCCCGCUGCCUCAACACGCCCCAGGCCUGGCAGAUGGGCUGGAUCACGCUGCAGCAGCUCGACAGCAGCAGCCUGAAGCCGGGGCAGACGGUGCAGCUGCGGCUGGCCAGCCAGGCGCUCGCCCAGCAGAGCGGUGCCCGCGUCGAUGUGUCCAGCUGGGUGGCGGGUGUGGACCCCAUCUUUGUGGGCUUCCGCACCGUCGAUCGUGGCGACAGAGGGCUGUCGGCAGGCGCGGCAGGACGUGUGCACGUCUACACCGCCCCAACUUCCCACACGUUUGACAGCCGGCCGACGCUCUGGAAAGCAGGCUUGGAAGCCGGCCAGUCCUGGGCGCAGCCUGCUUCGGGGGUGGUGGUGCGGCACCAGGGCACCGACGGCGGCCUGGCGCUGGUCAGCGUGUGCCGCAGCGGCGGCACGGAAACCAUGACGUCGUGCACCACUGGCGUAGACAAUGACUGCAAUGGGCUGGCGGGGGUGGACGACCCUGCAUGCGCCUCAAUGAUGCGCCUGGGCGUCGGUACCGAGACCACCAACAAGGGCUAA